AUGUCUCGUCAAAUAAAUAUCCUGCGCUUCCACCAGCCACCCGAAGCAUUCCAACCUCGCCGUCAGCCAUCAGAUAAGAUCAUGAAUUCGUCCGGGUCGCCGGAAGGGGAGAAGACUGCCGAUCAGGCCGACCAAGCCGGAAACGAGAGCCAUGAAGAGCCCGCGAAAGGCCCUUCGCUGGCCAAUUACGGGAGGAUCCUAUCUUAUGGAGCUCGACGUGGCGGCAUUUUCGCUAUGGUAGCUGGCUUGAUAUGUGCCAUGGGCUCAGGCGUGUUCUGUUUCCGGUUUAUUAGUCUCCAGGCUUCAGCCACCUUGCGCCUCGAGUAUACGACCUCCCUGUUCUCACAGCCCUUGUGCGUUCUGGACGACAUUUCCUCCGGCACCGUCACACACGCCAUCACCUCGCUGUCAAACCAGAUUCAACAGAGCAUCUCGGACCGACUGGCCACGCUGUUCCAGGCGAUAGCCCUUCUCAUCGCGGCGUACGCCAUCGCUUUUCGCUACUCCUGGGCCCUCACUCUCGUCGUCAGCUCGGCCAUACUGUUCGUGAUCCUCGCUUUCAGUAUAACAAUCCCGUUCAUCAUCAAGACGCAGGCUCACGUGGAUAAGGCCGAGGCAAAGCAUGCCUCCAUCGCGGCCGACGUGAUGAGUUCCAUUCGGACCGUGCUGUCUCUCAGUGCUGAACAGCCGCUGGCUAAGAAAUAUUCCUCCUGGAUUGCCGAGGCGCGGAAAAGGGGGUCCCGCUUGAGUUUGGUCACCGGUAUUCAUCUGGGACUGCUGAUGCUAGCCAUGUAUUCUAGUUACGCUCUUGCCUUUUGGUUUGGCCUGAAGUUGUUUCGCGAAGGUCACAUCGACAACAUCAACACGGUGAUCACGGUUUUCUUCUCUGUUCUGAUCGUGGUGUCAAUCAUCGGGAAUAUCGCAAGCCCGAUCAUGGUGAUCGGAAAAGCGACGAGUGCCUCCGGUCCUUUCUUCGACAUGAUCAACGCCUUGCAGCCAUCGACCGAAGGACGGCGAGACCCGGAAGUCUCCAGUCACGCAGAUAUCGUCUUUCGGGAUGUCACUUUUGCCUACCCGUCGCGCCCCGGAGUCCAGGUUCUCAAAGACUUCUCUGCUCGCUUUGAACGUGGCAAAACGACGGCUUUGGUCGGUCCCUCGGGUUCGGGCAAAAGUACCGUGGUCGGUUUGAUCGAGAGAUGGUAUCAAGUCCAGACGCCGACCGGUGAUGACGAGGCAGAUGGCAAUCGCGGCGAGAUUGAGGUAGAUGGUCACAACGUGAACGACCUGGAUCUCCGCUGGUGGAGAAGGCAGAUCGGGCUGGUCCAGCAGGAGCCCUUCCUUUUCAACGACACUAUCCUGAACAAUGUCGCAUUCGGAUUGAUUGGUUCCAAAUGGGAGAAUGCCGAAGAGGAUGUAAAGAAGGAACUGAUCACUCGAGCUUGUGUCGAAGUGUUCGCGGAUGAAUUCAUCCAGCGAUUGCCUUUGGGAUACGAAACUCUGGUCGGCGAGGGUGGAAUCACCUUGAGUGGCGGACAGCGCCAACGUCUUGCCAUCGCUCGUAGUAUCGUUAGCCAGCCGCCUAUCCUGAUCCUUGACGAAGCCACUAGCUCGAUUGAUGUUCGCGGCGAAAAGAUCGUGCAAGCCGCCCUGGACCGCGUCUCGAAAGAUCGUACCACAAUCAUGAUCGCUCAUCGUUUGUCGACCGUGAAACGCGCGGAUCGAAUCAUCGUCAUGAAAGACGGGACAAAGAUGGAGGAAGGGUCCCAUACGGAGCUGUUGGUCCAAGACGGAAUGUAUCGCAGCUUGGUCCACGCACAGCAGCUGGGCACGCUGACAAUCGAUUCCGACGAGCAAGACGAAUUGCCGACGACUCUGACUCCAGAGCUCAAACUGGCUGCUUCCGUUGUUCCGGAUACGAAGGAAGUGGCAGAGGAACAAUUCCCCGAGAAACAGAAGAAGAUGAGAGGGCUGAAGAGCUUUCUGACAGUCGCGUCAGAGCAGCGAGCGUCUUGGCCGCUGUAUCUUUUGGUCCUCUUCGCAGCGAUGGGAGCAGGAUCUGGCUUCUCGCUCCAAAGUUGGCUUUUUGCACGCCUUGUUCAAGUCUUCCAGUUCACAGGGAAAAAACUGGUCGAUGCCGCGAACUUCUGGGCUUUGAUGUUCUUCAUCCUGUCCUUGGCCAUGUCCGGACUUUAUUUCCUUCUGGGAAUCAGCGCCAACUCCAUCUCUGUGAACAUCGCGUCCACAUAUCGCACCGAGUAUUUUGUCAAUAUGCUCGCCAAACCGGUUUCCUGGUAUGACAGCGACGAAAACGCGUCGGGGUCGCUGAUAUCCCGUCUGUCCACAGAUCCGAAACAAUUGCAGGAGCUGUUUGGCAUCAACGGCAUCUUCCCACUGGUAUCGAUCUUUAACGUCUUAGGAUGCAUAGCCAUCUCCUUUGCUUUUGGUCCCAAAUUGGCAGCUGUGGCAUUUUUUGCUGCUCUGCCGUUUCUUUUCCUGGCCGCGUACUCUCGCAUCCGCUAUGAAAUGAAGUUCGAAGAGCUGAAUGCUGCGGUAUAUGAGGAUAGCUCUCGUUUCGCCACCGAGGCCAUCCGUGCUUUCCGAACAGUCAGCGCGUUGACUAUGGAAGAAUCGAUCAUCAAACGGUAUACUGAUAUGCUCAACCUACAGCGACGGAAGGCGAUGCGAAAAGCGAUCUACUCCACUCUCGUCUUUUCGUUCUCCGACAGCGUGGAGCUGGCCGUCAUGGCAUUGACAUUCUGGUACGGUGGCCAGUUGCUCGCAACUCGGGAAUACGACAUCGUCACCUUCUUUGUCGUGUAUAUUGCCAUUAUCCAGGGAGGCCAAACUGCCGGCCAAUUCUUCAGUUUUGGGCCGAACAUGGCGCAGGCCUCGGCGUCAGCGGCCCGCAUUUUGGGCUCUCGCCCGCCGUUGCCCAGCGAAGGUCAACUCUCCAAGGAACCAUUGUCAUCGACUAACGAUGAGUUCCGCGCCGACAUUGAAUUCAAGAACGUGACAUUUCAAUACCAAUCGCGAGAGACGCCCGCCUUCAUGAAUCUCAACCUAAGUAUCGGAUCGGGGCAGUUCGUGGCCUUUGUUGGGCCCUCUGGCUGCGGGAAAUCCACCAUGAUUUCUUUACUCGAACGAUUCUACGACGCCACUCGCGGGACAGUCGAGUUCGGUGGGCGAGAUGUUUGCUCUAUUGAACUUUGUUCCUAUCGAAAGUCCCUAUCCUUGGUUGGUCAAGAGCCGAAACUCUUUGACGGCUCAAUCCGUGAUAACCUCAUCCUUGGCCUGGAUCACCCUGAAGAAAUGAUCGAGGCCGAUAUGAUCCAGGCCUGUCGAGACGCUGAAAUUCACGAUUUUAUCGUCUCGCUGCCGGAAGGAUAUUCCACGGAACUAGGGGUCAACGCUCAAACGGCCCUCAGUGGUGGGCAAAAACAGCGACUGUGCAUUGCUCGUGCCUUGAUGCGCAAACCUUUGCUCCUUCUGCUUGACGAAGCUACCUCCAGUCUGGAUUCGCAGUCUGAACGCUUGGUACAGGACGCGAUGGAGCGCUUGGCGGGUAAACGCAGUAUGACGAUUAUUGCUGUUGCCCACCGACUGGCAACCAUCCAGAAGGCGGAUGUGAUCUUCGUCUUUAGCGAGGAAGAGAACGGAAAGGGAUCGUGCAUUGUGGAGAGAGGAUCUCAUGCUGAUCUGCUGCGUCAGAAGGGUGCAUAUUGGCAAAUGUGUCAAGCACAAGCGCUAGAUCAAUAG